UCUGAGGGUGAGGCUUCUGCAAAACAGACAAAGCUCUUCCCUCCACUACAUAACUGACGGCACCGGCACACUUACACAAAGUUUCCCACCGGCUUCACAACUAAGACUUCAGAAGAAACGGCUUUUAUCCAGCUGGGAGAUGUUUGCCGUGGCCACCAAAAACUUUGUGGAGGAGGUGGAUUACGGGGGUUUUCUGAUCCCAGUCUCCAGUUUGAAUGACACCAUCGGUAAUCUGACAGUGGUGGUGAAGCAGAAGCGUUUCUGGUUCUGGCAGAAGCCCAAGUAUCAUCCAACUGAUUUUAACCUCAGUGACCUGCUGACAGGAGACCAACCAAUAAAGCCAGUCGUGAUGGAGUCAGACUUUAUCAAGUACAGCGGCACAUUUGGGGACCACAUUAAAGGAGGUGUGGAUGCCAGUUUUGCCAGUUCUAACAUCAGCCUGCAGGGGAACGAUUCCUCCAAACUCCAGUCCUCCUUUGGAAGUUUGAAGAAAGAGGAAGUGGAUGUGCAGAAGUUGCUGAAAGACUGCAAAGGCAGGGUUCUGGACAUGUCCCAUUGUCUGAUCCAGCAGACGAAGGAGAAGCGUAAGCAGCUAUUUGGGAUCGUGAAAGAGUGUAUUGUGACCACUCAGCCGUGUUCUGUCAUAGAGGAGGUGCAGCAGGGCGGCCAGUGUGGAGGGAGUCUGGGCCCCUUCGGACUGAGAAUCCAUAAGGUUUCACUGAAGGAAACUGCAAGUUUGAAUCAAGACAGUAACGUUACCAUGGAGAUUCCAACCCACACCACACUAGCCUAUGGACUUCUAGAGCUCGAGGUCAAACAGGAUGGGACUUUCACGCUGUGUCUGAUGUCGGGCACCAAAGGAGGUUUUGAUACAGAUGGACCCGUCAAACACCUUGUGGGCGUUUCAGGAGCUGUACAUGAUAACAACCUCCUACGACAGGACCUGGAGCAACUACAAGAUAAUUUCCAGCUGCUUUCAGCUCUCCCUGCAUCCAUCCGGUCCGCUCUGCUGCAGCGAAUCACAGAACUUAUGCAGGACUCGGCCGGCAUCAGUGCCCUCCAGGACGUGCUGGAGAACAUGUGUCUGGAUAAGAAACCUGGCCUGGACGAUGGUGCAUUUAGUAAGUCUCAACAACAGAACAUCAAAGCAGUGCUGGAUCUGCUGGAGCAGGCUGGUGCGGUGGAGCCGACUCAGAGAAGCGGGUCAGCAUCAGUCCUGGCAGCCCUUCAUCUCAUUACCAGCGCUCUGGAGCAGAUGACAAGUGGCAGUCUCGCUGUCCUGAGAUCAUGCAGCAACCCCACAGCAUUACAGACUCUGGAGCUGCUGGUGGAGUGUGUAUCAGGAACUGGAGAGGUGACUCUGAGCAGAGCAGCACUGACAGAGGAUAUGUACAAAAAGACUGAACAUCUGUUUGCCUCCUCUAAUGUGUCCCUGACGAAAGAUACAGAUGUGCUGCGAGCAGAAAUCAUACAUCAGCCAGGAAACCAUCCUCUGGUCCUCUGCAUCGCCAUCAGGGGUCUUGCCUUAUUGGCUUCAGGCAGCCAGUAAGGCAAGACUAGACUCUGAUACACACACACACAUAUAUAUAUAUAUGUGUGUCUGUAUAAAAUCUCAAAAUGUAAAAAAAAAAAAAAAAAAAGACAAUCAACAUUCCUACUGAAUUUAUUUUUAUCUUUUCAAGUGUAUUUUGUAUUUUGGAGGUUAGUUUGAGGUGUUUGGAUAAAACAAACCUUUUAAAAAAAAUUAAUGGUAUGAAUAUGAGGGUUUUAAUAUAAAGAAGCCGGUUUUGUUAAACAUUCAGAGAGGUUUUAGAUCAUUCGAACUUUUUUAUGUUAAUAUUUUGAUAAACUGAAUCAUGAUGUUCAUUCUUUCAUACAAAUGUUCUCCCUACAAAUGUAUCGUUAAGGUGUUAAUCUCCCUUCAAAUGUUCAUUUCUACAGUGUAAGGGGAUAAAUAAACAAUUAAAAACAUCAAA